AUGGAUCCUUUUGAUAUCGAAGCCUACAAACAAAAAUGUGAUAUUGAAGACACUUAUAUCGUCAACCGAUUUAUUCAGCGUCGAAAAAAAUUAGAGGAAGGUAGUGGAUCUCGUAGUAGAAAAUAUUUAAAUAGAGAUCAUGCAGCGGCAAACCAAAGACUCAUUGACGACUACUUUGCCAAUGAGCCUACAUAUGACGAUGCAAUGUUUCGUCGUCGGUACCGGGUGCAAAAGCAUGUUUUCCUUCGAAUCGUUGGAGACCUUUCAAUUACUGAUAACUACUUCACCCAGCGAGUUGAUGCCGCCAACAAAGAAGGUAUAUCACCGUUACCAAAAUGUACCACAACAAUGCGAAUGUUAGCAUAUGGUGUGGCAGCAGAUGCGGUCGAUGAAUACAUCAAAAUAGGAGGUACUACAUCAUUGGAGUGCUUACGUAGAUUCUGUAAAGGAAUCAUACGAUUGUAUGAGGAAGUGUACCUGAGAGCACCAAACCAAGAUGACCUUCAAAGAAUACUACAUGUUAGUGAAAUGUGGGGGUUCCCAGGAAUGAUCGGGAGUAUUGACUGCAUGCACUAG